AUGGGCACAAUUCUCUCCGUAUUUUCAUUACUUCGCGCUUCGAUUGCGCAUCAAUUGGCGAAAACUGACAAGCGGCCCACCACCGCCGGAGCCGCUGUUUACAACCCAUUGUUUCUAAGCCUGGUCUAUGACAGACUUGUGCUGGGGCUGUACUGCACCUACGUAUGGCGCUGUCCAGCCAACAUCUUGCAAAAUUUAUACAACACUCUCGUUGGAGAAUUUCAGAGCUCCGCGACAGAUUCUGCUUCGUCGGGUGGUUCAGACACCCCGGCCGUUAGUAGGAGAAUCCUCGAUGUCGGGGUGGGCACAGGUUACUUCUUGGCCUCAACGCCAUUGCCCGAAAGCACCUCGAUCACCCUAUUCGACCUGAACCCUGCGUGUCUCGAGGCGGCAUCAUUGAGAUGUCAACAAUCACAUGCCGGGCUUCCAGGUCUCGAGGUCAGGACGGUGUGCGGUGAUUUCCUUUCCCCGGCCGAUGACCCCAAUUCAAUUCACCAGAAACUGCUCGGCUGCCAGCAACAACCAGACCGCUUCGACAUUAUCUUAACUUCCAUGCUACUUCAUUGUGUACCUGGUCCGCCUCAGCGCAAGGCCGCGGCACUAGCAUCUCUCGCGAGGUUUAUAGAGCCGCAGUCCGGAGUGCUAGCCGGGGCGACCAUCUUGGGUGACGGCGUGCGGCACAAUCUCCUGGGGCGUUUCAUCAUGUUCUGGCAUAACGCCCUUGGCAUGUUCGAUAAUCGAAGAGACGAUGUUCUAGCUUUCGUCGGCGCUUUACGCACUGAAUUCCACGACGUCAAAUGGGAGAUUGUUGGAACGAUUCUUAUCUUCCAGGCGCGCCUACCAAAGGGGGGUCAAACCAAUUAG